AUGUCAUAUAAUUCAUUGCAAGUGACAUCAGAUUAUUAUGGUCAACAAUCAGAUCCAUUAAGGUUAGAUAAUCUUCUUGAUUUAUUUAAGAAAUGUAAAAUCAAAUAUGGAUUUAAUGCAACAUAUUUAAUGUCAUUACUUGGGGAAGCUGUCAAAAAAGAUAAUGCUAAAAAAUGGAUAGAGAAGUAUUUUAAGCAAGAUUUUAAAACAUUACAAAUUAUAAGUCAAGAUAAAUUGGUUCCCCUCUAUGAAAUUUUCGAAAAAUCAAUUCGUUGUGAAAUCGAAUCAAUUUUAGGAAUAAAAAAUGAGAACAAAAUACUUAUGACAGGAAUUACGCAGAUUAUUAAGAAUACCAGAUAUUAUCACAUAAGCUUUCCUGAUCGUUUAAAUAGCAGUAACUAUCUAAUUUUUGCAAAGAUUGUUAGGAUCAAUGGAAAACAAAAUUACGCUAUAGAUACUGUUUUUGUAAAAAUACAAUCUGCGACCAAGACCGGUUUCCUAGCAAUAGUUGAAAAUCUUGGAAAAAUUGAAAAAGUAGAUCCGGUAGAAUUACAAAUAAUGUGGAUAUUGAUUGGACUGCCAAAUGAAAUUGACUUUUUUAGUAUACAUACACGAAAAUUGUCAGUAUUAAGAGUGGAACAUCGAGAAAUUGAACCAAAUGAAAGAAGUAUAUCGCUAGAUAUUCCAGAAAAUUGUUCUAAAACUUUAAUAAUGGCGUUAUCAUUUGAAUUUCUUUUAAAUCGUGAUAAAGUAACAAACCAGGGAAAAAAAAUCAAACUAAAUAUAGAAAAUAAGGUUUGUUCAGAGGAAUUAUUACCUGAAAGUAGUGAAUUUGGAGGUGGUGAUGAUGAUUUAAGUGAUACAUCUGAAGAAAGUCAGGGAUAUGAUAUAAAGCAUUCUUUAUAUUCGUGCAUUUUUGUUCCUGAAGAUGAUUUUAUAGAAGCAGAUAUAUCCAAUAACAGAACUAAAUAUAUAAAUAUGAAAGCAAUGG